GCGCGGAGAGGGCAGCUCGGGGGCUGGGGACGAGCAGGAGCGCCCGGUGUCGCGGCGAGGCUGACCUGCAAGACGCGGCCAUGCAGCGCGCGGAGUGGGACGAGCAGAGGGAACUGCGGGAGCUCAACUCCCGCCUGUGGCUCUACGUGUCGCGCGUGCGGGAGUUGGAGCGGGAGAACGGGCGCCUGGCGCAGGAGCUGGCGGCGCUGCGCGGCCGGGAGAAGCACUCGCGGCACCUGCAGCGGCAGGAGGAGGAGGUGGCCGAGCUGCGCCUGCUGGUGGCCGAGCUGAGCCGGGCCCAGGGCGAGGCCGAGCUCGAGCGCGACGCGCUGCGCCAGGAGCUGGCGCGCUUGGAGGGUCUGGGCGCGCAGUCCGCAGAGCUGCGCCGCCGCCGCCUGGAGCCCGCGGUGGCCGAGCAGCGGCAGCAUCUGGAGCAGCUGCGGGCGGACUGCGCCGCGCUGGAGGCGCUGCUGGAGCGCUUGCUGCUGGAGCACCGGCGCCUGCAGGAGGAGCGGCGGCGGCGGCCCCUGCCGCCGUCGGCCUUGCCGCCGCCCGCCAAGGCUUCGCGCAUCAGCCGCCGCGAGCUGGAGGACUCCUACGCGCUGGUGCUGAGCUGGACCUGCGAGCACAGCCUGGAGCGCUACGAGGCCGAGCUGCGAGCCCUGCAGGAGCUGGAGGCGCGCCUCGGCCGCGAGGACGCGCAGAAGCUGCGCGCCGAAAACGAGCGCUGCCGCCGGCACCUGGGCGAGCUGCAGCGCCAGUGGCAGGAGCUGGGCGCGCUGGCCGAGCGCUUGGAGCAGGAGCGCCUGGCGCAGCAAGAGCGCCAAGGCGCGGAGCGGGCCGAGUACCAGAUGAUCAUUGAAGCCCUUGAAGAAGAAAAGCAGUUCCUCACGACCUCGAUCGCAGGGUACCUGAAGGACUACUAUGAACUGUUGCAGGUGAAAGCCGGUCUCAGUCUUGAAAUUGAAACCUACAGAGCUUUGCUAGAAGGAGAAAGCAGUCAGUGGAUUCUGAUGUGGGAUGAAGAGCAUGGAAGGAAAUUACCACAAGGUGUCCGAAAGAUGCUGCAUGAGUAUAGCAACCGGCACUCAGCUUAUCAACAGGAGAAAGGAAAGAGAGCUUUUCCUGCAAUCCAGAAUGUUGACACAAGAUAUAAAUUCCCAACCACAAAAAUUAGCAGCUCUGCAGCUUAUUCAUCAAGGACAAAAACUGACGGAACACAGGCCCCUGCUCCUGGGAAAACAAGAAGGGACACCUUCAGGCCUUUAUCAGCCAUCAGAAGGGAUGAGACUUAUGGGAAAACUCAGAUAGAACAGAAGGAGAUCCGAACCUUUCCUCCCCGCCAUGUUAUUAGCCGAGAGAGUGAAGUUCUACACAGAACAAUUCCUGAAAGAAAGAAGGCUGAAACGGGGAGUACACGGACUGUUUCAAAAGAAUCAACAACUGUGCAGAAACACCUGGCAGGCCCAACUAUUUCUGAAAAUGUGAAAACAAAAGUGGGUAUUUCUACAUUUCCACCAUACAGCCUAAGCUCCAGUGCUAAAGAAAUUAAACAUGAGAGUACCAUAGGAGGGACUAAGAGCAGAGCAAAUGAACAAGUUAAAGACGAUAAGCCAAGACAAGAGGAAAAACGUGCUUUCCCAGAAGGAAGAGAGAAAAGAGAAAUGCUGGCCAAGGAAAGGACAGCUUCUCCUAUUGAGAAAAUUGGUGAGAAAUUGGCUGGAGGAGAAAGAAAUGUUGACUUUCCAAGGAAGACUGAAUUUAAUCAAGGCUUGGAUGAAAAAAAGCAUAUAGUGGAAGAAUUUGCCAUGAAGGAUAACAAAAAAGAGGACAGGUUAAUAGAUGAUAAAACAUCAAAGGAAAGAAGUUAUAUAAGAUGGGAAGAGCGGAUUAGAAUAGAUACAUCAGGAAAAAAUCUUCCAGGAGAUAGAAAGAUGGAAGAAAGUCAUUCUUCUGAAAAGGAGAAAAAUGUGAGCAUGACAAGACAAAGCAAAGCGACUUCUGAGAUGCCCAUUCAGUCAGAGGUAAAUAGUCAUGGUCAAAUAUUGAGGAAUAAUAAUGUGGAAGUAACAUUACAAGAUGCAAACCCUUCUGUCGAAAAGCAGCAGAAUGAAGACACAUCUAAACUUUCCAGAGAAUUUAAUCAAGAUGAAUUAAGAGAUGAAAGCUCUAAAGUUGAUAGCUUACUUAGAGAAAGUAUAGCGGAAAACAUAGUUUCUGACAUUCUUAAAGGUUUUGUGCAGAAAUCUGCUGAGAUAGAAGCUCCCCUGGACACCAAAGCCACUUCCUUUGAAAAGGAAAAAGUUUCUGAGGAUGGAAAAGUGAAAACUAAGAUCACUAUACAGUCUACCGUUCAAGAUGACUUGAAUGUUUCUGAUGGGUUUGAUCUAGGGGAUGUUAAAAAAGUGCUGGAAGAAAGUAAAGAAACUAUAGCUCAAGAUGUAAUAGAAGAUAUCAAUGCUGGGGCAAAGGGAAUGGAAGGAAAAGGGAAAAGGACAGUACAAGUUGAGAUAGUUGAGGAGCCACUAGGAUUCACAGUGGAUGAAAGACUGGACUUUUCAACACCAUUUGAAGUGGAGGAAGCAGAAGAUACGUUUCCUGAUGUGACAGGACAUCAGUACUAUGGUGGUGAAGAGAAAGCUCCCACAGGUGCUGCCAAGGACCUUCAACAACCACAGCCCAGUGUAGUUGUGUCUCAUGUGGAAGAAGUCGCGGAGGGAGACGAUGAUGUUGAUGAAGACAAGUACUUUGUGUCUACUCCAGAGGAAUACCCCUUGGGUCCUGAGCAAGAUGAGGGCUCCAUCUAUGGCCAAAUCCAUAUUGAAGAAGAAUCUACAGUAAAGUAUUCCUGGCAGGAUGAAUUUCUGCAGGGCUCUCAGACUAGGAUAAAUGAGGGCCUGGGAUCACCAGAGGCAAUAUACGAAGUAAAGGAGGGAGGGGCAAGUGCCUUUAUUUCAAAGGAUCACACUCCCCAAGAACAGGUUGCUCAUUCUGAGUCCACUGUAAUUGAGAAGGAGAUAACAAUCCCACCCGAAUUUCAUGAGUCAAUAAAGGGUCUCUUUUCUCAGGAGUCCAAGGACCCUAAGCAUCAGCUGAAGGAGGCUCUAGAAAAGCUGGAAGGCACCCUUCCAGAAAGUGUGAAGCAGGAACUAUCUGCAUUGACAAAAGAAAGCCAGGCUGAUUCAAGCAGCUUGGAGGUGGGUAUUAAAAAGAUGGAGCACAUGAAAAAGGGCGGACUGGUUACGAUAGUUGCAGAAGUCAAUUUGUCUCAGACGCUUGAUUCUGACCAGUUUGACAUGGAAUUUCUUGGCAAGGAUGUGGCUGAUAAGAUAAAGCUGCCCACACCCGCACAAAGUGAAGGUGGCUUUGAUGAAUAUGGGAAGCAAGAGGCAGAAAUCUGUGGUGAUGGCAGGAAUAAGCCUGGAGCAGAUGUUUCUUCCACACCUUGGACUAUAGAAGAAGUUUCUAGCACAGCCAAGCUAGUUGGUCCAACAGAAAUUCGUAGGACUGAGCAUGUCCUGUAUGAAGGUCCUGCCUCAGAAAGUCUGGAAUUUGGGACAGCAGAUGCAAGUCAGUCCAUAAAGGAAUUCAGAUUUAGCCCUGAAGGAAUUCAGACCACAGAAAAAAUAAUUUACAGAGGUCCUGUUCAUACAACUGAGGAGCUGAGUGGUUCUGAACGUCUUGGUCAGGCACAAUUUUCAGCAGAUAUUCGGACCUCUAAACACACGACAUUGGGUUCAAGCCAAGUUGUUGAGGAAAUUGUUUUUGAGGGGCCAGCUUUGGAUUCAUCUUCAACUGACAGCCACGAGCCUUCUUUGCAGAGGAAAGGACCAGUAGAAACCAGCAGGGCCAUAAGGCACCUGCGGAUAGAUCCUGGAGAAGUACAUACCGAACAAGUUGUAUACGAAGGGCCCCUGGCUGGAUUUAUGGAGUUCAGCAGCGCUGGAGACACCAUUCAGACCGAAGAAUCUUUAAGACAAAUUAGGCUAGGACAAAAAGGCACCCAAAUAUCUGACCAAGUUGUAUAUGAAGAAUCUUCCCAUGAGAUACUGAAACCGGGUCUUUCUCAGGAGGGAGCACUGGAGACGAACACCAGUGUCAGGCGUAUUAAGUUAAGUCCCAAAGAAUUUAUAACUGAGCAAAUUGUUUUUAUGGGGCCCACUUCUGAACACCACUUGGAGGGUGGUGAAACGGAACAGCUAUUUUCUUCUGAAGGGACAGUAAGGCACAUUAAAUUGGGGCCAAAGGAAAUGCCGAGCAGUGAGCACAUCAUGCACCGAAGCGCUGUUUCUGAAUCUUCAGGGAUCAGUUCGCCAGGAGAAGACAUUUUGGAAGAAGGCAGCCCCACAGAAAUCAGUAGAUCAGUGCGGCACCUCCAGCUAAGACCUGGUGAAACCACAGCCGAGCAGAUUGUAUUCCAUGGUCCUGUUGCUGAAACCAUGAGUUCUGGCAGUGGAGAACUUUCUCCGACGGACGGGCCCUCAGAAAACAACAGAUCCGUGGGGCAUAUAAAGAUAGGUUCUAAGGAAGCAUCCUUCACCUUUCAGAUGGAUGUCACCAAUGUGGCAGGGGGAGGGCAAGAAGCGACUAUUGUGAUACCAAGCAGAAAAGAGGAAGAUGCCCGUCUGCGAGAGGGCACUGCAGUGGAUGACCAGAGAGACACAGACAGUGAACAAAGAUCAGAGGAAGCGACAUUUGAUCAAACUGUCCAGCUGCAAAGGAUGGUAGACCAAAGAUCAGUGAUUCAUGAUGAGAAGAAGAUUGCCCUUCUCUACUUGAAUAAGGAUGAGGGGGAAGAGGACGAUGAUGGACCUUGGUUCUAAUGAGAAAGAGUUUCAAGAUUCUGUUAAACCUAGAAUCUUCAGUGCCAUCAAUAUAUAAUUGUCUUUAAAAGGGACAACACUUUACCUAUUAACAAUGAACUCAUGGUUUUGAAUAUAAGCUUCCUUAUGCAGCAGUAUUUCUUAAAGUGGGAGCUCUUGAAUUGCACAUGUGUUUGCUACUUAAACUGCAGUAUUAGAUUCCGUUUGGCUAAUGCUGAGGAAUCUGAAAGGUUGAUCCUUUUACAGAGAAACUUCCCCCUUCUUGGUCUGACAGAACACUUGCGUAUCCCAUUUAUGUUUGGAAAUAUCGGUGUCCUGAUCAGAUUGUUUGGAAUAAUACUAUCAGAAAUCUACUUAGUUGGGACUGCUCUAGAGUAAAUGUGUUGUCACCUAAGCUAAGUCAGGUUAUCAGAAAGAGCAGAUUAGACUUCUUUUUGUGAUGAUCAUUCGCUGUGAUUGCAAUUUACGCAGAGGGCGUUUUAAAAGAUGCAUUGCUCAGAUCAGGGAAUGGAGUCACCAGACAAACCAGGGGAUCCCCCUGCGUAAAGCAUCCUUUUUGGAAGGAGGUGACCAAAAGGGACAGAGGAAGCUGCCUUGGCCCAAGCCGAGCCCUGGCUGCGCCUCAUUCAGAGUUGCCUGAACGACUUGGCAACGGAUCUCCAGACAGGAGAUUCCAGUGGGAUUCUUUCCCAGGCCCAGCUGGAGAUUGUGGGGAUUAAGCCUGGGAGAUUCUGCGUGCAAAACUGGUGCGCUCGCACUAAGCGGUGGCUGGUGCUGGGGCCUGGUACUCUUUGUGGCACUCAGGCGUUGUGCGCACUCCAUGGAGCAAGUGGACCUCGGUAUAGGCUGGGGGGGGUGCUCUGUGAGAAGUGGGUUGGGGGACCCAAAGGGGCACUCCUUACCCUAAAUAUAGAGCCACCUCUGGCAACCAUUCAGUGCAAAUGAAUGUAAAUGAAAGAGAACUUGGCAAGUUGCUAGAGGUGCAGCCGCUUACUGUGCAGCCCCCGACACCCUUCGCCAAGAUGAAGGGCACAGUCCAGGUGGAUGCACUGGCAGCGCCUGUUUUAUUGGGAUUAAGGCUGCCACCGAUUUGCAUGUCCAUAGAAAUGGAGUCACGGCGCAGGCGGGACCUUGAGCAGCGGAAUUCAUGAGUCUGGCUGCGAAGGGCAGCAGGAGGGGAGCCAGUACAGUAAAGGUGGCCAUCCACUUCCAAGUGCUUUGCCCUGAGGACUGUCCCUGCGCAACCCCAUUUACUGCAGUGGGACUGGCCUACAGCAGAGUUUGGAGCAUGUGCCCUGAACCUGUGCUAAUUGCCCUGCAGCAUCGUUAUGAUAAGGAUGAUACACCUUAGAGCUUGCUUCUGCAAUAAGAAUAAUAAUAUUAAUAAUGGGUAUUAUUAUUAUUAUUGGAAUGCCUUCAAGCAUUUAAUGGUGGCAAACAAAUAAUUACGGUGGCUAUAACCCAAAUGUGGAUGCUUUCUUAUAUAAUUUCCUAAUUAUAUUAAUAUGCAAGAAGCAAUGAGAUGUGUCCACAAUUCAGCACGCUCUGCUAAAUGGCUUAGAAUUUGUUAGGCCAGUACAAAACUACAGUCUUGGGUAAAAAUUAGGAACAGACCAGCUGGGAAAGAAUGAUGACCCGUCUGGACUGACAUCCUCUUUCCAACCAGGUACUUCUAGGAAGCCAGUGGCAGGCUGGGUCUGGCUAGUCCCUCUGUUUCUCCCAGGGCUUUUUUUGUCAUGGAAUGCACUGGACCCGUGUCCGGCACCUUUUUUUCAGUGGAUUUUACGAAGUGAUUUUGGCAUAGCAGGUCAGCAGCAAACAUUAACACAGUGCCUGCAGGCUGCUGUUGCCUCUGCAAUCUGCCAUAGCUUCUCCGGAGGCUUGGCUAGGGAUUGGUGUGCGUGCUUACUGCCAGCGGCGGUGUGAGUUCCGGCACCUUCUUUUUCCCCCCCAAAAAAAGCACUGGUUUCUCCAAUCCGCUUUCGGGAGCCAUCUAGGUCAGUGAAGAGGUGAGCUUUCAGGAGACAUGAAGCACACCCAGGAAGGAGCUGGCCUCAUGAAAUGUGCGGCUGCUGUAUAAGGCGGCCAGGCGGCUGCUUUGCAGAGAAGGGUACUCCAUCUGAAGGGCUGUCAGAGGAGAAUCCUCUCCUUGAACACGCCCUGUGUUGGCAGGGCCCUCCAGGCCAAAUCCAGAAGAAAGAGGAGGAAUGCUAGGAAGAGGGAGCGGCCUUGAAGUGGCCCAUCCAGGGCGUGUUCCUGGUCAGCAGCCUCAGGUGCCCUGGCUGCAUGGGAUUUAAACCACAACAGCUACACCUAUGAACCAGCAGUGGGAAUCUGUAUGCCAACCCCCACCCCCCAAAUAGCCUAAGUAAUUCUAUGGUCUUUCUAGCCCAGUCUUGCCUCUCGACUCGCAGCGGCUCUCCAAGGGCUCAGACCAGGGCCUUUGCUUGCCAGGCGAUGCCUGGGAUAGCACGCACUCUGCCAAGGAGCAAGCAGUGCUCCGGAGCAAUUUUGCCAUGGGCCACUUAAGGGUGCACGCCUGUGCAUUGUGCCCCAGUGCUCAUAAGCCUCCGAAUUCAGGAGUCUUAUGAGCAUCCAGCACAGAGUGGGGGAAAGAGGGUGUCAAUCUUUGCUUCCCCCUGCCUCCUGCUGUGCAAUUCUGUUUGGUGGAAGGGGAGAGAAGGGGCUGAAGAGCUAGCUGCCCAGGUGUAUCCUGUCCCAGCCUCUUCCCUGCCUUUCCCCCUUCGACCCCUCUCCAAGUUGCUUCCUGGACCCCUGAGGACAGCUGGGGAAUUCCUGGCCACAGGAAUGCACGGUUAGGGCCUGAAACUUCUGAUUUAAGCAUCUGCUGCUGUGACUGAAAAUGCAUUCAUUUAGCUUUAUUAGCACCAGCUGGCACUUAAGUGAUGCUUGUGUUUUUUUGGCUAGCAAAAAUGCAGCUCACUAGAGUCUAACCUGUCUUUCUGCAUAUACACAUACAUGCUAAUUUAUCUUAUGCGUUUAAAUGCACAAAGCUAGAAAGAUGAAUAGCAUUGCUUCAGGCAAUGGUACUCACAGGCAGAGUUUCUUCAAAAAACUUUUUUUUCUUUAACUGAAGAUGAACAGUGUGGAGUUUUGGGGAAAAUAUUUAUACAAUAUACUGUAGAUGCUUGAGUUUACCCCACACGUGGGACACUUUCCCCCCUUCUUAGUGCUACAAUCCUAAAACACAUUUCGAAAGCAAGUUCCAUUUCAAAUGAGGCUUCCUUCCCAGGAAAUGCUUUCAGUAUGUGUUAGUGUAACAGUAGAGCCCCGAUCCAGCUGAGAAUAGACGGCAGUAAGUGCCAUUGAGGGCAACAAGAGCUGGGUUGGCUGCAAUGACAAGACUGGGGGCAUAGUCUUGAAGUGUGCAAGUGGAGUGGAGAGAAUUCACUUGCGUUCCAGCGUGCCAGGUGCAACUCUCUCCGCUCAAGAUUGCUAGAGCAGGUGUUUUUAAGGCGGUAGAUAUGUUGAAAGUGGAUGGAUUCAUGUUGGGUGGAAUGUUGUAGGCUGUUCUUGUCCUGGUUGGUUAUAAUGCAGCGUGUAUUUCUGUGGUGGUUUUUAAAAAGCCUUUGCGACUUUGCACUUUUCUUCUGUUAAAUAUUAAAACCCUGAAAAUUAAUCUGUCUGUUUCUGUCUUUCACAUUAGGAAUGUCAGCAUAUUUUGGGGUUUAAAAAAAAACUUGGCAAAACAAUCACGGAAUAAAAACAGCUUUAUAUUUUUA